AUGCCCUGCCCUGCCCUUAAACCCGUGGAUGAUAUAGCUAGCAGGUCACUCGUGCUAGUUUUGUCUAUAAAUAUCCAUGUUUUCAUUUUCAAGUGCACUCACUCCCCCAGUGCUGUUUCAUAGAUUCGUUGCACACAGUCCUCUCUCUCUCUCUCUCUCUCUCUCUCUCUCUUAUGGUGUAGCAGUGCAUGGCCUUUUCCUUUGAGGGUAAGCUCCCAAACUUCAGCUCAUUGCUUGCAGGAGCAAAACUCAAAAAGUUUUCCAAUCUCUCCACAUAGAAGCCAAGGGCACAAUCAGAAAGUGUAGAUGUUUUCUUCAGGGAAUACAAAUGAUCCCUUCUCAUAUACCAACGAGGCCUUCUUCGGAAACUCCUUUGCAAAUGAAGCAAACCUUAAUUCAUCACAACAAGAACCAUCUUCACUGUUCUGUCCCUUCCCUUCGCCUUUACCAGAUGAAACCCUAGUAGAAGGCAGUGGUGCAAAGGCCAUAAACAACAUCAACACUGGCACUGAGCAUAUGGGAAUGAAGGACUGUCCCAAAAAUACAAGUAAUGCCCCGCCAAACCCUAACCCUACAAGGAAAACCGGCAGGAAGGAUCGGCAUAGCAAGAUUUGCACGGCUCAUGGCCUGAGAGACCGAAGAAUGAGAUUGUCGGUUCAGACUGCACGCAAGUUCUUCGAUCUCCAGGACAUGCUGGGAUUCGAUAAGGCAAGCGAAACCAUAGAGUGGCUCUUUUCCAAAUCCAAGCCCGCCAUUAGAGAAGCUGCCAGGAACCACUCUCCGGUCAAGGGUGGCUGUAGCAGCGGAAGGAAAAGCGCGCUGUUCUCUUCCAAAUGCGAUGAUGGAUCAGAUAUGGAAGAGACUGGCCACGAGGAAGAUGGGGAAACGGGAAAAAGUGAUAUCUCAACGUUUGUUGCUGACAGAAAGAGUAUCAGAAAAUCACAAAGGGGUGCUUCUGGUGAAAAUAAUGGGUCUUCGGAGAUUGCAAGAGCAGGAGCAAGGGAGAGAAGAAGAGAAAAAUUGAUCACCAUGAGCGUUGAAGAACCAAAUCAACAUCUCUUAUCAAACCCCAGUAACUUGGAACAGUUUCAUUGGGACCCCUUGGAAAGCCCUAGUGACUUUGAACAGUUAGGCCGGCCCUGGAGCCCCUAUGAAACAGCUGAUGAAUGGAUGAUGGGAAGCACUGAAAAUUCAAAACAAUAUCUUGAUGGAAACCCUAGUGACUUGGACCAGUUAGGGCCAUGGAGUCCCUUUGAAACAGCCGAUGAAUCAUGUUCGAACAGCCACGAAAGGAAUUCGGCGGUCGGACUUGUGGCACGUGUAGAAGAACCAAGCCCUCACUCAGUGGAACAUCAGUUGGCUACAAUGGGCAUGUUUGAAACUUUUCUGGGCACUGCAAGUUCAUCGACACUGCCUUCGGUUUUCGAUCUCCAGAACAAUCUAGCAGCCUCGGACGGGGAAGAAUCCAACAACACCUUCCUGGGAACACUUGAAUAUUGGGACAUGCACUGUGAAAGAAUAAACCCUGAUUACUGUCCCACAAAUAUGGAUCCAAUAUUUACGGGUAAUAUUAUUCAAGAGCAGAACCCUAACCCCACCUCCAGUUUUGAUUUUGAGUCUCACUUCAUGGGGAGUAUCUUCUCUUGCAGGCCUUUUGAUGCAAAUGAUAGUCAUAGUCUAGGUUAAUUAGGGUUGUUUGAUUCUGUAGAAAAGGGUAUGAAG